AUGGACAAAACCAGCACUUCUCUUGGCCCGGAUGGCAAGCAAAGCAACCCCUUCGUAACACCGGAGCAGUAUGGAUUACCCACGUCUCCAGCUAUGCAACGAUUGUCGCCCUUAGAUAUGAAUAUGCCAAGGCUCUAUGGCACACGCUGGAUCCUGUCCUUCCCACUGGAAUCUGGCGCCGACAAGGCUCAAAUAUAUGAGGGUUUGAGACGGGGCUUGGCACAUACUAUCUCAUCUAUCCCCUGGAUUGCCGGAAAUAUAGGGCCAGAGGAUGGACGAGAUCUAAAGGAGAACAGAGUCCAGAUCGUAGAUUCAUCGACUGGUGUCAGAUUUCAAUACAAUGAUCUCACAGGGGCUCUACCCUCAUAUGCCGAACUGAAAGCAGAACACUUUCCACUUUCCAAGUUCACUACAGCGCAGCUGUCACCUCUCGGCGUAAUGCCUGAACCACCAGAACCAGUCAUGGCAGCGCAAGCAAACUUCAUCGAGGGUGGCCUGCUACUCACAGUCGGAGUCCACCACGCAGUCUGCGAUGCUUCAGCAGUGGGCACCAUUAUCGACACCUGGGCACACAAUACCGCAGCAACUAGCACCUCUGAACCAGUCAGUUUCAGCAAAUACGACACUCCAUCGAACGACCGCAGUCCCCUCAUGGUUGGGGCACCGGGCGCCAAGUUGACUGAUUUCCCUGAGUAUAUUCUCCAACCUACCCCCAGCGCAGCUGCUGCCGACGUAAACAUGGAACAAAUGGCUAAAACAGGCUUCUCGUUGCCUCCAAUGACAACAUGCAUUUUCCAUUUCUCGCCCGCCUCGCUCGUAGCCCUGAAAGCCGCCGCAGAAGCAUACUCCACCAACGACGCGCUGAGCGGUUUCUUAUGGCGGCAUAUGACACUGGCACGUAACCCCAUUCAACCCUCCGGCUCGAUAGUUCCAGACGAGGAUGGCGAGAAAACCACUGCCAUCCUCUACGCAGCCAACAUCCGCACACGCUGUAGCCCACCACUCCCACACAGCUACCUAGGUAACGCAUCGAUGGGCACUAUCACCGAGAGGCUUAGCAUCUCCACACUGACAUCCUCUUCCGGGCUCAAGACUGCUGCGUCCGCGGUGCGAAAAUCACUCCAAAGGCUAGUUGAUACGCCAAAUCGUAUACCGCUUACCAUCGGGCUCAUUGAUGCUCGCCCUGAUCCGACGGAGCUCAGGUUCGCGUACCAUGGGUUCUUAGGCCCGGAUAUAUCAUCCACGAGCUGGGCUGAUAUUGGUGUUUAUGAGAGUGUUUGGGGCCAGUUGGGCAAGGUAGAGAGUUUUAGGGUCCCCGGGGAGGGUGCGGAUGGGGCUAUUGCUGUUUUUCCAAGGCUUAAGCAGGGUGGAUUGGAGGUAAUGGUGGCGUUGGAGGCGGAAGCUAUGCAGAGAUUGAUUGGGGAUCCCGAGUUUGUAGGAAAGGCUGAAUUGUGGGCGUAG